AUGGUUCCCAUUUUCAUUAAAAAGAAUGGUAUCGCACCAUACGAGAAUCUUGUACAUCAUACUAAAUUAAAUAUAUCCUUUGAUGAUGGCGGUUCUGAAUUAAUAUGCAGGCCAUGUUCUGAAGAGCUAGAAAUUCUAGUGAAGUUUUUGAAUAAAUGUUUUAGAGCAAAUGAACUGUUUGCAACUUGUAAGCAAAACAGCAUAGGUCCAACAAAAAGUGACAAAGAUGCAUCAAAAAGUGAUACAGAUAGUAACAAAUUAAUCAUAAAUGAGGAUUCAAUACCGAGUGAAAAUGAACAUGUUCCAAAUAUGUCAAUACAGACCAAUAGUACUAAGAAAAAGAUGUAUACUUGUCAGUGUUGUCAUAAAGCUUUCACAAGGCAUGGGAAUUUAAAAUUACAUCUUAACAGACAUAAUGGGGAGCGGGAACACCAUUGCAUUAAGUGUGGGGCAGGUGUGUUAACUCGCGCGCUGGCCAGACAACACUGUGCCCCGAGAGUGCGCCGCCCGUGCCCCACACCCGGUUGCGCCAUGACAUUUCUAUCUCCAUACAGCUUGAAAGUACAUAUUAGGAAACAUAAUGGCGAAAUGCCUUUCGAGUGCGCAGAUUGUCACAAAAAAUUUCGAUGCAAAAAUACUUUACGCGACCACACGAAAAUACAUUCAGGCGUCAAAAGCUACAUAUGCCCCAUAUGCGGGAAACAGUUUGCGACAAACAAGCUGUCCACACACAUGCGCACGCACGCGCCCAACGCGCACGCCUGCGCCGCCUGCGCGCGGGACUUCCCCUCGGCGCGCGCGCUCGCGCUGCACGCCGCCACGCACGCGCCGCGCGCGCGCGCUCAUGCCUGUCACGUGUGCACCGCUACAUACAAUCAUAGACAGUCGCUGAAUAAACAUAUCAGGAAGAUGCACAGUGAGACUACAACACAACUCGAUUCAGCUGACCAGCCUACGACGCUC